AUGGAGUUGAUAAUCGUAAUCAGGCCUAAAGGAGGAGAUAUUGAAGAUUUGAUUGAUGAGUUGAUAAUCAGAUCAGCCCAAAGGAGGAGUAGAGAAGCUAUCAUUCGCUGUAUUUUGAGCCUUGUUGAUCUGCCAAGACAAUUCUUUUAUGUUUUGGCACUCAUCGAUUUGACAGAUUCUUAUAGAUUCUACAAAAAAUUGAAACUAAUCGAAAUUAAUGUUUCCAGAACGUUCGGCCUCGCUUGCGGAUCUGGUUCUUGGCAUAAUACCUUUAGCCCAUAUGAUUUGGAAAUAGGCACUACAAUUGUUUCGCCUGUAAUUUCUAAGUUUGAAGCCUUAGCUUCUAAGAGACAGCUCAGGCCUGCAGUUAGAAAGCAAGCCAGGUGGUUAAGAGAUGAAUUCAAGUGCUUGAAGGCCUUUCUAAAAGAUCUUGAAUCACGAGAAACACUGAGUGAAAGGGGAAUGGCAUGGACGGAAGAACUUUGCGAUGUUUGUCGCUCCACUGAGAAUGUCGUUGGGCUCUUCCUGACUAAAAAUGAGAAAGGUAAUCCCAAAAGCUUAGUUUGGUCUCCCCGUAAUUUCAUUUCCCAACGUAAUCUUGUCCAACAGAUGGCUCGAAUCCAGGUUAAAGUCUCCGAUAUUUCAAAACGAAUCUAUGAAGCCAUGCAUCAAAGAACAUGGCACACGGACCGAUUUCCAAGCAUAACUCCUCCUACUGCUACUCCUGAGCAACUUGAUAUUGAUAUGGUUUGCUUUGAAGAGGAUGUUGAUGCAGUUAUAAAACAACUGCUCAAAGAUGAUCCUCGCUGCCUCACCAUUUCAAUUGUGGGUGUUAAAGGCAUUGGCAAGACAAACCUUGCAAAGUUGAUCUGUGGCAGCCAGGUUAUUUUAGAUAAUUUCCCUCACCGAACUGCGGUUGCUAGAUCAACAGAACUGCUAUCACAGAGAGAUGCAACUCUAGAGGAAUGGUCAAGGGUGCUUGACCAACUAAAUAAAGAUGAAGAACCUUGGUCAGGCGCCUUGGAAGAGAUCAACAAAUAUUUGCCUUUGUAUUUAAGGCGAUGUCUCUUUUAUUUUGGAUUAUUUCCUGUGGGUUAUAAGGUUCCUGCAAGAAGAUUGGUUGCUUUGUGGGCUGCUGAGGGUCUGGGGCGUCAACAGAAUGAUGACAACUCCCCUGAAGAUGUUGCAGAGGCGUGUUUGAGAGAGUUGAUCAGUUAUAAUACGGUUCAAGCGACAGAAAGGAAACUCAAUGGGAAGGUUAAGACGUGUUGCCUACCAGAGGCCCUGCGAGUACACUGGUUUGCAAAAGCUAUGGAAGCUAAUUUUGUCCGUGCUCAUAUUGAAAACAACAGUUCCAUGCGCCGCAUUGCUGAUCAUCUUGAUCAGAAUGAUGCCAUCUUCGAGCACAUUCAUGGUAAUAGCACCACUUCCCUGAACUCUUGUUACAGAGAUACCAUCACUCUUUUAUCAUUUGAUACUCGAGAAGGAAAUAGAGCAGGACAAGAUAUAGGGAACUUUCUUGAUCGAUGCAUCUCUAGCAAUUGCUUCCGUUUCUUAUGGGUGCUGGAUCUUGAAAAUGUUUACAAGCCAAAAUUGCCCAAGACAGUCGGUCAGCUCACUCACUUGAGAUACCUAGGCUUGAGAUCAACUUAUCUAGAGAUGCUUCCUAUGUUCAUUGAUAAAUUGCUGAACCUUCAAACGCUUGAUUUGAAGCGCACUUGCCCCAAUAUUCUCCCCACAACUAUCUGGAAGAUGCAAAAACUAAGGCAUUUAUUCUUAGAUGACAGUUUUUGCAGCACAUUUUUCCCUCCACAAGAACCCAACUCUCUAAUGGACCUUCAAACAUUUUGGGGUGUAUUCAUUGAUGAGAAUAGUCAAGUAAAAGAUGGCCUAGACAGUUUGUUAAGCAUCAGAAAAUUGGCACUGAAAUGCAAAAUAUCAGUCCCAUCUCAAAAAGCAGUCAUGUCCUUGCAACUGUUUAAUAUAGCAGAUUGGGUUGUGAAUCUAAAACACCUUCAAUCUCUGAGGUUGAAGUCAUUUGAUGAAUCAGGUCAGCCAUGGGAUCUUCCUUUGACUUCUUUGUCAGGCAAUGUGGAGCUUUCUGAUUUCUGAUGUAUAUUUGGUCGGAAAGCUAAAGAAUCAAGAUCUU